AUGUUGGACAACCCUCACAAAUUGUACCGUCCGGGAGAGGAGCUUUCUGGCCAAGUGAUACUCAUUUUAAAGAAGAAUGUGGUGGGCUUGAAAAUCAGUCUUUCGUUGGAAGGCUGUAUAAAGAUAACAUCAACCUCUCCACUUCGAUCUGAUAAAAAACAGAAUCUAUUUGAUCACAACAUUGUUCUAUACGGAGACGCAGAAGAUUCCGCGUUGACUUUGGGCGAACACAGAUUUCCGUUCAUCAUCAAACUUCCUAAGCGAAAUGUGCAUACCAGUAUAUCUUUUGAAAAAGGAGAGAUAAAAUACAUGUUAAAGUGCACCAUAAUCGAGAGCGACUCUGCAGAUGGGAUACUGGCAUCUUGCGAGAAACUGUUCAGCAUAGUCAAGCCGAUUAACCUGAUGUUACUACCGGAACCACAGCCAAAAGUGUUGAAUUUUAAAACCGUCAAGCACGGACUCUAUAAAACACUUUCGUCUGUGUCGUCGGCGUCCUCUUUGAACUCGGCUAAUUCAAUUGACGAUAACUCCAACAACAGAGUACAAGUUAAGAUGAACAUCUCGUCAAUGGGCUAUCUCCGAGGCGAUUCCGUCAAUGUUAGACUCAGUCUCAAAUGCUACAAGAAAAUCGCCAAUACGCAGGGAAUCAUCGUGACGUUGAUCCGGAUCUGUCGAUUGGAUCUGGGACAAGGUUACGAAAUUCAAUCGUACCGCAAAGACUUGAGUCAAUCGAUUGUUCCGCUGAUUAUGGAUCCUUCUACCUUGACUUGCGAGACAUCGACGAGUCUCAAAGUUCCGGUGGAUUGCUUUCCUACAAUCACCACCAACCUGGUGAGCUUCCAGUACUACGUGGAGGUUCUAGUGAACCUAUCAAAUUCCAAGAUCCAAGCCCCUUCGGACCACAAGUUCGUGGACGACGAAAUUAUCCACACCGACACCUCGAGCAAUAUCUAUAACGUUGACCGCCUCAAAAGGACAAAGAACGUUCUUACACUCAACUCUGAGAUCAUUAUUGGUACAGAACGCAGGGUCAGUUCGAGGUUGCGGAAGAAGGCCGAGAGGUCGGCGUCUGCCCCGCAAACUCCAUGCACCUCGAUCGACUCACCUCUUUCCACUCAGGACUCUACUCCGCCAGCUCCGACGCCAACUUUACAGUACACAACCAUUCCAGAAUCUUCUUCGACGCUUACAGAAAAAGAGCUUCUGCGGCUACGUGAGCAGGCACUGUUGCCAAGCGAACCCCCACAGGAGCUCAUCGAGCAGAUAGAGCAAACAGAACUGGCAGAGGAUGAUUACGACCAUCCUCCACCAGAACUGCCCCCAUUCCCCACACCAGCUCCGUCCGACGUUAACGCCAUGCACAAUAUACUGAACGAUGAUACUGAAUACGCCGCGGUCCCGGUCUACUCGGGCCCCCAAGAUCGUUCACCUCCCCGAUGA